AUGGACGACGGCGAUCUUGGAAACAAUAUUGAGGAGGAGACUGAGAUUAUCGAAGAGUCCGUCUCUCAUGACAAGCGUAUAGAAAAUGAUCAAGCUCAUCUCGCUCCAAACCGCUGGUGGUUUGCCUCAUCGGCAUUCCCCAUGAUCGCCGGCACCCUCGGCCCUGUCGCCUCAGCGUUUAGUAUAUGCGCUCUCGUUCGACCAUGGAGACAACACUUGACUCCUGGAGAAGAUGUCAAGAAUGCCGUCUUUGUAGCUGAUCCCAUCUGGCUCACUGUUAUCAACGCUAUUCAGCUCGCCAUGGCCGUUGUCUCAAACAUGUUCCUCCUGCUCAACAUGACACGGCGUGUUCGCUUCACCAUUGCUCAACCGAUUACCAUCAUCGGCUGGUACAUCUCUGCUAUUCUUCUCAUUGCUCUCCUUGGCUCAGCUGCUGGUCCUUUGUAUGAGGGGUUCAAACAUCCAACCGAAGAACUCAUCUGGUCACAGGCCUUUUACUACGGCAUGUGGGCUGCUAUUCUCUACUUUGUUGACGCUUCGCUCAUGCUGGUCACUUUCUACGGUGCCUGGACUGGUCAUUACAACAAGGACUUUAAUCUAACGCCUAGUCAGCGAACACUGAUGUUGCAGACCAUCAUGUUCCUCUUCUACUUACUACUCGGAGCCCUCGUCUUCUCCAAUAUUGAGGGCUGGAACUACCUCGAUGCCGUCUACUGGGCAGACGUUACACUAUUCACCGUCGGAUUCGGAGACUACACAGCAUCAACCACUCUUGGAAGAGCCCUCAUGAUGCCGUACGCCUUAGUUGGUGUCAUCAGUCUUGGUCUGGUCGUGGGUUCCAUCAGGAGUCUUGUUCUCGAGCGAGGUAAACGCCAAGUCGAUGCCAGAAUGGAGGAGAAGAAACGCAGGCGACUAGUUCGGCGUAUGACCAGGAGAGGCGAAGAUGAUAUGCUCGAACCUAUCCGCGAUCCCCAACGGCGCCAAUCAUCAUUUCCCCAGGACGAUUCAGAAAAGAGAUUCCCCGCAACAGAAUUCGAGCGUCGAAAGAGUGAAUUCGAGCUUAUGCGUAAAAUCCAAGCUCAGACAUCAUCUCGACGACGUUGGAUGGCCAUGGCGAUAUCAACAAGCACCUGGCUUAUCCUCUGGCUGCUGGGCGCUUACGUCUUUGUCAAAUGCGAAGAAAACUACCAAGGAUGGAAUUACUUCGAUGGUUUCUACUUCUGUUUCGUCUCUCUCACAACCAUCGGAUAUGGCGACAAGACUCCUGCCUCCAACGCUGGAAAGUCCUUCUUUGUCUUCUGGUCUCUACUUGCACUGCCCACUAUGACUGUUCUUAUAUCCAACGCCGGAGAUACGGUUGUCAAGUUCAUUCGUGAUGGAACACUGCGACUUGGAAAUGUCACUAUCCUUCCUGGAGAGGAGGGCAGUUUCUCAGACGAUCUUAAGUACAUCAUCCACAGAUGCACACUUGGUCUGUUAUUCAGUAACCACAAAGAACCGCCGGCACCUCGACAUGUCAAGAAAUUACCUUCAGCCCAGGAUUCUAGUGGUGAUGCGGCCGAAGCUAUCACCAACAUGAAAGAGGGAGAGGAUAGUUCACGCGGACAACCUCAGGAUCCUAGAACUGGGGACGACGACCCAUACAGCGAACGACCAGACCACAAUCGCAACAACUCAACUUUCACCAGUCGAGUCCGUCGCUCAUUAUCCCGUAUACGAGAUGCACACGAAGAACUACCUACCGGAACCGACUUCCACUUCCUUCUCAUCUCAGAGAUUCAAGUUCUCACCACACAUCUCAAAUCACAGAAGCCACACAAAUACUCCUUUGAAGAAUGGGCAUGGUAUCUCAAACUCAUAGGCGAAGACGAAAGUAGCGCCAAUACCCAUCGCAAAGCCAUGCCAAAACCAAAGAAUCGCCGUCAUCAACACCACCACCACCACAACAACAAAAGAACUGAUGACUCCCCCGAAGCAGGGCAUGGUGGAAAGCAUGACCAGGAACAUAAUACGGCUUGGUCCUGGGUUGGUAAUAGGAGUCCGCUCAUGGGGAGCCAGGAAGAGACCGAGUGGAUUCUCGAUAGGCUUAUGGAACGCCUUCGUGAGUCUUUGUCGGCUGAAGGGAGGAAGCAGACCACGGCUGAUGCAAGGAAGGCCCUUGGAGCAGGCCGUCGACGGUCGCCAGAUGAUAACUACCAGAGGAAACGAGGAGAGGAAAACGUUUAA